GGGUUCCCGAACAUCAGAGUCAAUCUGAUCCGGUUCCCCUCUAUCCAGAUCGCAAGUAAAUGGCAAGAAUAAAACCCUAGCCUCAUCGCUUCUGAAGGAACCCUCCGGGUUUUGUCAGUUGUUAGUGCCACCCCCCGCCCACGAGGAGACUGCCGGUGGAUUAGCUGCUCUGGUAUUAUUCUUCAGUCUCCGACAAGAUGCAGAACGAAGAGGGUCAAUACAUGGACCUUUACAUCCCAAGAAAAUGUUCUGCAACAAAUCGCCUUAUAACCUCAAAAGAUCAUGCAUCUGUCCAAAUAAACAUUGGACAUCUGGAUGAGAAUGGCAUUUACACUGGCCAAUUUACCACGUUUGCACUCUGUGGUUUCAUUCGUGCACAGGGGGAUGCUGACAGUGCUCUCGACAGGUUGUGGCAAAAGAAGAAGGCUGAAAUUCGUCAGUAGGACUAGAAAUAUUUUCAUCAUGCGGCGUACUGUUUCUUGCCAUCGUGGAUUUUAACUAUUCAUGCAUUUUGAUUGUGAGUUUAGCUGAUACUUUGGUCAUUGGUUUUGUUUACCCUUGCUUCAACUGUCGCUCAAGUCAAAUUUGGGUCAGAAUGUAGACCGGAGUUUGUGCAAUUGCUUAUUAUAACACGAGAAGAUUAGGCUGUCUCAA